GCCACGGACAGACAGACGGACGGGCGUGCCGGCUCUCCCAGCCCGGCCUGCCCAUCGGUGCCCGGAGUCAGGCGUCCACACCCCCACGGGGUGGGGUAGCCGAUCCAGGCCUCCCGCAGCAGCUACACCAGCCUCCGUCCCUCCGUCCGUCCGUCCGUCCGUCCGCCCGCCCGUUCCUCCCCACACGCCGGCCAUGGGAGGCCCCUGGGCACUCCUGUGGGUCUCAGGCCUCUGCCUCCUGAUCAGGGUUCGAGGACAAGGUGACUUUGAUUUGGCCGACGCUCUCGACGACCCGGAUCCGACCAAGAAGCCGAACGCAGACGUCUACCCAAAGCCGAAACCCCCAUACCCCCCGCAGCCCGGAAGUCCUGAUAACAGCGGAAAUAUCUACCCACGGCCGAAGCCACCGCCCCCUCGCCCACAGCCUGGCUACCCGGACGGUGGAGACAUCUACCCACGGCCGAGGCCACCGCCCCCUCGCCCACAGCCUGGCUACCCGGACGGUGGAGGUUACAUCAGUGAUGGGGACGACGGCCGAUACCCGCCCAGGCCCAAGCCCCGGCCCCCGGCAGGUGGAGGUGGCUACAACCCCAGUCAGGACGGCUACGGGACCUCCCACGGUGGAGGGCGCAAUAGACCAGGCUCGAAUGGAUAUAAUUAUGGUGGAGGCGGCUACAACACGUACGGCAACCCGCACGGCAACUCGGUCGCGAGGAUCGUGUCUCCCAUCGUGUCCGUCGUGGUGGUGACGCUGGUGGGGGCCGCGGUCGGGUACUUCCAACGCAACAGGAGGAGGAAUUGCUUUAGACCGAGUGAACCGGAACACGUCUGAAGGCCCUCGACGCCCAGCGGUCGCUCCGAGAAAAAAAAAAUCUCACACCAGGCAGCCACCCUCGUCCAUCGCUGCUGUGGGAACUCCAUCUCGUCCUUGGUGCCGUUCACCCCCCCCCCCGCCCCCCAAAGUGUUUUCUCUCCCGUUGGACCUCGAGGGACUGCCUCACGACGUACACCCGCCCCCCCCCUUUUAUUGGACGGGCCCUGUGUCUGUAGAUAAGUUAGUCAGUUGGACCCUCUGUGUGGGUGAGGGGGGCGGGGUCCCCGAGUUGACUUGAUUUUGUCUGUUGACUCAUUCAUUCGGACCCAGAGAUUUUUCCACUCGGUUCUCAACUGUGACACUACCUCCUUGGGCAGCGAUUCCACCCGACUUUUUUUUUUUUUUAAUCUUUAUUGUUGAAAGUAUUAUAUAUGUUCCCUUCCCCCCAUCGUCCCCCCCCCCCAUUGCCUGUAUCCACGGGUGAUGCAUAAAUGCAUACAAGGACUUUGGUUGAUCUCUUACUACCCACCCACCCUCCCCCGCCUUCCCUCUGAGAUUCCUCAGUCUGUUCGAUGCGUCUAUGUCUCUGGAUCUAUUUUGUUCAUCAGUGUAUUUGGUUCAUUAGCGUCCACGUAGGAGUGAGGUCAUGGGACACGUGUCUUUCUCUGACCGGCUUAUUUCACUCACCAUCAUGCUCUCCAAGUCCCUCCAUGCCUUCCCAAAGGGUGAGAGAGCCUCCUUUUUCAGGGCUGUGUAGUAUUCCACGGUGUCGAUGGACCACAGUUCUGUGUUUUGAUCCAUUCGGCUACCGAUGGGCACUUGACUUGCGACUUUUCCACACUCUGUGCUUUGUCACAAAAGACGGAAUGUCGGCCAAAUGGCCCGGGGUCUUGGGUGGGGGUGGGAUUGGAUCCUGAGAGACCAAGAAUGAUGCUUUCGGCAUCUCCAACCAUCCGUGGUGGGGAGUAGACCGAUGAUCCGUUCUUUGGUUACGUGAGUGGAAAUGCGUUGAAGGGGACCUGGGAGUGAGUGAUGGGUGACACGGAGGGUGGAGACCCAUCACCGAUGCCUGACAUACAGAAUUUGUUUCAACCUGUGGAAAGGAAACCUGGAUUGCAGGGGGUGGGGAGAGGAUUCUAAGGGCAAAGUGUCUCCUGUGAAAACCAUCUCAGAGAAUCAGAGUGGGGAUACCUAUCCAUCCAUCCAUCCAUCCAUC